AUUAAAUUACUAGAAUAAAAAGAAAUCACUGUGGCGUUACAACGUCAGCAGGUUUUAUUCAACGAUAGAUUUUGCCGGAAAGCCUCCGAUUCAUUGCUCAUUUGUUUACAACGCGAAAACAGUUCGUAUGUAGUAGAAUGAUCUUUUUUAUACAAGAUUCGCUGCUGUUUGUAGCCAAGGCGCUGAGUACGCCAGUCGAGCAGGUAAGGUAUAUUUUUGUAGUUACCUCGCCAAUCGAUUACUGUGUAUGUGUCCUAGAUUCAAGAUUUAAACGCGUCCUGUCUGUCUCACUGAAUCAGCUUACCGACUGUUCCUUUAUAAAAAGCAGAAACCCAGUGUUCAACACGCGAAAAAAGACACAGUUAUUUCGUAAUUAUAACUCUGUUCCAUCUUAAAAAAUUAUAGUAUUGUGCACCCUUUGUCGUAAUGUUUAUAUGCUUAAGUAUGGUCAAAUGAUUUAAACUUCCUGCCGUGUAACCAUCACGUUUAUCAUCUCGAGGAACUCAGAAAAAGUGUAUUAUAAUCUUUGUGAACCACAACUUUUCUCUAAAUCAACGGCGAUGUUAUACGAGCUAGAUAUGUAUAUUGUCAUCUCUGCAGAUCCAGUUCGUCUUUUGCAUGCUGUUAUGUUUCCCGCUUGGAUCCGUAUAUCGCACAACAUUACAUCCGAAAAGGGUGUCAGCAAAUACACGCUUGGCAAUGACAAUACUUUGGGGCCUUUUUUUAGGCUGGAUAUGUUUAGGAAGGUAGGAUUUUAAUUCUGAAACAUUUCGUAAAAUUUAGUUGAGCUUUCCGCUUCGCUUAAUGCAUAUAUUACACUUGGUUUUUGCAUGAGUAGUCAUCGGCUAUGAUUUUAGUAUUUACAUUUGACUUAUUUUAGUGCUCAAGGUUAAGAAGUGUCAGAAACAUGGGAAAAUUUUUUCUCAGCAGGGUGUCUUAAAUCGACUUCUUAGCUUCCUUAUUUCAUGUCAAGGAAAUUUCUAUUCAUAUUAUAAAGAUUUCUAGAACAAUAUCUCAAUUAACUUAAUAUAUGCAUUAAGACAUCUUUGUGUUUUGGCUGUCUUUGUUGGUUUCAUAUAGUAGACAGAUAUUUUCUGCCAGAAAAGAGCGCAUUGCAAUUGAGUGUUAUAAAAACAAAGUCAAAGAACUGCAAACGGAUUUUAACGCCAUUUAGGAGUCGGAUAUUUCGGCCACAACAGUGCGCAUUGCAAUUGCGUGUUAUAACAACAAAUCAAAGUAAUAAAAACAAGUUUUAACACAAAAGGAAUACCUUGAACAGUCAAUUAGAUCUCAGAGUAAACGCAAGCAAGCAACCUAAAGCGCGGGAAAUCGCCUGUGACAGUCUUGCACUGCUCGAGCGAAGGAAUUGGUCGGAAUGUCAAUCACAACCGUGGCGAGGCAAACCGUAUUACUUUCGAAGUUCAAUUGAAAAUUGUCCUAUUGCGCUAACAAAUCUCGUCUCUUCAUUGACUUGAUAGGUGAGCAGAGAGAUUUCUAUUUUUCCUUUUAUUUUCAGCGAAAUGAUUAUCCUGAUUCUAGUGUGUGCACUCUGUUACGGGUUCACAGUGAGUGUUAAUCCAAAGAAAGUCCACAAGUAAGUAAAACUGCACUUUGAUCCUUGAUCCAAUAUUCUUUCAGUUGAAACGUCUUAUACUGGCGUCUCAAUGGCUCAUAAUACGUACCCACCGAUUGCCCCACAGCCAUUAUGUCGUCAGAUCUGAUAAGACGGUCAAAUGAGCGGACUUUUGAAACGGCUGAGAGGCAGCCAAAAUAACAACCCAAUCUAGAACUUCUCACAAGGUUAAAGACGGUCAUGUUAGCCAGCUAGUCAUGAUGUUCUAACUCCCAGCAUGUUUGGUAAAGCUCGUACAAAAUGGUAAAUCACCCUUACUCGAAUAGACUUCGUGACCGCUGUACUGUCAGAUCCAUCGGUAUGUCAUGUUACGUUUUCACAAGAGAAAGUAAUGUGCCAUUAUUUCCUCAAACUAUUCACUAUUCAACUUUUGUUAUCAUAUUAUUGCCACUGUCCAGGGUCGUCAUUGUGGUAUCGUUGAUCUGGUUGUCAGUGGGACAAGUAAUGUGCCAUUAUCUCCUCAAACUAUUCAUUAUUCAACUUUUGUUAUCAUAUUAUUGUCACUGUCCAGGGUCGUCAUUGUGGUAUCUUUGAUCUGGUUGUCAGUGGGACAAAUAGCCCGGAUGAUCCUUUACUAUGGAAUCAAUAGAUUUGACUACUCCGGGUAAGGCGAAAUCUUAAUGAUUAACCCUUUACGCCCUGUCAUCAUACUGUGCUGCAAACAUAUCCUGAAGUUCUUGAUAUGGAAAAUUUGUUUCAUAAAGAAAAGCUUCUUUGGUUUUUUUCCCUUUAUUCUCGCAACCUUGGUGUCUGAUUCACGGGUGACAUUGUAAGGAGAACUUAGAUGCUAGUCAGGUUCAGUGAUCGACCAAUCUUCAGAGUACUUCAGAGUACUGUGAUACUUUCUUUCCUCCUCCAGAGGUCUGGGACUAGUUUAGCCUUGAUUUAGUUGUGUAUCCAUAUCUCUCACGGCCAACCACUCCAGCGGGAUCUGGUUACGAGAUGAAACUCUUCCUUGAAUCACCAAGACGUUUCCAGAUCUCUCCAACUAAACGUAACUGACAAUUUCAAAGUCGUUUUGAGGGACUGACGCGAGUUUUAUGACACAAAUUCGCUGAAUUAGCAACAUUUAAAAGUAUUUUAGGAACUUAAAGAGUCAUAUUGGUCUUUCAGCCGCCUGAUGAUCAUGUUUCAAAAAGUGACAUAUUUGGCAUUCAGCUUACAUGAUGGUAAGAUCAUAAAGUGCCUAGAAAAGUCAAUUUGAUAACAGUUUUCAUAUGUGACUUGUCAAGAAGAGCGGAAAAUACCAGGCCGUUGAGCUGGCUUUCGUUGCCCUGCGCCACGAUCAGCUUUGCACGCGAGACAGUUGGAGCCGACCUGAGGAGAUAUCUCGCGCACUAGAAAAUACCAUACCAUAAUACUUUCUGUUUGCCAGCCGGUGCAAACCGAUUCUUUGGGCGUCUUUUAUAUGCAAGUUUGAUGUAAUUUUUCAAGUCUCUCAAAUCUCUCUAAUGAAUUUGGAUAGUCCAGUAGAAUUCAGAAUGUGUGUAACUACUCAAGAACUUUGCAUUUUGUGCCAAAGGGCAACAUGAAUCGUUCCGCCGAAGCCUAGAGUAUUUUAACAUCAACAUUUAAAAUAUUUUGCUCGCUGAGAUUCACGGUAGAGUUCUCACCACUGAGUCAAUGGGUAGAAACUCUAAUGAACCCUUAGGUGAUUUAAAAUUAAACGCUGAGUGUAUAUAUUAUUUUAAAAAAACGUUCGACAUGCGCUGUGGAGAGUUAGAAUCAUUUUUAACGGCAGGGCUUGGAAGACGGGAAGUUGAACUUUCGAAGGAUCAAAAAGAGCAGAGAAUUCAGUGAGUAUUCCGAGCUUUUCCCAAUAGAUUAUAAAUUGCAUUAAGCUUUCCUAAAACUGUUUUAAAAAAUUUGUCAAGUAGAUGGCAUGUUCCCGCGCGUCUGUUCAGCAACAGAUCACAGAUGACAUCAAAACGUGGUGAGAACAACACAGUGGCACAUGAGGUGGCGGCCAGGUGUCAAAACCUGGAUUUUUCCAAGCUUCUUUGUCUGUAACUUCUUCAAUAUUAGCUUAUAUGCGAGAACGUUUUUUUUUUAUUUCUGUUCACGUCAAUAGUACAUAGACAAGCAUAUGUCCAUUUGUUUCGACAGACGCAUCCCUUCACUGCUAGAGUACUUUGGGUAUAUGUUUCACCACAGCACGCUGUUAGCAGGUCCUGUAUGUACUUUUAAUGACUUCAUGGACUUUAUAGAAGGGCGCGACAUCGCAAGUGCUACAGAUCAGGUUCGCAGAAAGAUUCUUGCCACAGUUCAUCGUUUCCUUUUAUUAACUAAACUUUUGUACCGUGGUAAUUUGUCUCACAAUUUAGAUAUCUUACUAUACUAUGAAGAUUUUAUUCAGUGACGGAUCCAGAUCUUGAGCUGAGGAGGGGGGGGGGGCGGUUUUUUGUCGCUUAUCCUGCCGCUUUCUUUCCUUCUGCAAUUCUUUCUUUUUUUUUUACCCAAUGAUGUGUCCCUUUCCCUAGAUCCGCCACUGAGAUUUAAGCUAUCAAUUAAGAUUCACAAAGUUUCGACUGCUAUACUGUUGCGUACUUGUCAUUAUUAAUCGUCGGAAGAUCGGGGGAGGGCUCAGAGGUUUUUGGUCGUGUCACGAUGAAAUCUACCUGCCCCCUACCCCCCCCCCCCCUACACACACAAGGCUUUGUAGCAUUUUAAUGAUCCUCUUCAUUGUCAGUCAAUUUUCUAAAGUACCUCAUUCAUACUCUGUUAAGGACGAUUGAGACCCCCUCCACCCCCCUGAUAACCAUUUGCCCCCUACCUCCCUCCCUCCCCAAAAAAUCCCUCAACUCCCCAUGAAGCAAGAUGGUCAGCCGCUAUUGGUUCGUUUUGGCGUGCUUUCAUUGGUGCAUUUCAAUCCUCAUCAUUAUUUUGACAAGUAGAUGUUGUUCCCUCAAAGGUCAGACAACGAUUGGGCAUUUAUUUAUCAACAAUCAGAUGGAUUUCUUGAAUAAAAAAGUGUUUCACUUUUCGAAGAGCUAUGCUGUAGUGUCAGCAGAGGAUGGUUACAGCUCAGAACUUGUUAGCGAUUUAAACCUUUGAAUAUAUUAAUAUAUGCCUUGGCAAUCAUAAACUUUCUUUUGUUCUAACUCUCUAUUAACAACAGGAAACCAAAAAGGAACCUUCACCAACGGUAAGUUACUUUAUUCAAAAAAGCCGGCGCAUAAUCUGAUCUCUUUUUGUACCUGAACCCGAAUUCAACUGAACGUAAAAGCAAUUUUAAAUUGAGUGUCAAAAGUAAUCCGGGACUACAUUAAUAUUGUAUUUACUUUCUUGUGCUUUGUGAUUGGUCCAGAGAAAACUCACACUACUUUCGCUACCAAUCAGAUUCAAAACUGAAACCAAUUGCGACUUGGUCGCCCGCGUUUUCCCGCGCUUUAAGCACUUUGCUUGUUUUUACCUUGAGUUCUCAUUGGCCCUCGUAAUUUUCACUUCUUCUGAUUGUGAUGGUUUUGGUUGUUACGAUGUUCGGUCAAGAUGCGUCCUAAUAGCUCUUCGAUUCUGCUUUCUCAUCAGAAUGCUGUUGUAACGAAGCUCGCCUCAAGUCUCCUGUGUCUGGUCCUCUUCUGCAUUUUGUCCAAAAUAUUUCCUUUCCAUCUUACUGCAGGUAUGCGUUUCUAUUGAUUCUUCUUGAUACAGCUCACAAUUCUCUGCCAAAUAGUGAACAGGAAAUGUUUAGUGGCUCGAAGGGAGAAUUCACAAUUAGACCCGAGGGUAAAAAUUUAAAGAUAUGCAGAUGAAUCAUUUUUUAUCUCAUUUUUCUCAGUAAUAGUUUGCUUAAAAAAAACAUAUUCGACUUUUUAUCGCUAAAUGAAAAUGAGAGUAAUCUUCUCAGUAACAAACAUUACUUAAGCAAAAGUGGAAAUAGAGCCUGAAAAAAAUUAAGGCUUGUACGGAAGUCGGAACCAUGACCCCUGCGAUACCGGUGUCGUGCCUUACCAAUUGAGCUAACAAGCUAACUGGUAACUAGUUGUUUUUUGGUUUGUAAUAAAUCUGUGAAGUAAUAAAUGAACGACUGUGAAAAUAUGAAUAUCAAAUGAACUCCCAGUUGGCUUGAUAGCUCUAUUGGUAGAGUACUACACCAGUUUCGCAGAGGUUCAACUCCCGUACAAGCCUGAAAUUUUUUCAGGCUUUGUUUCCAUUACUGCUAAAGUAGUGUUUGUUACUAGGAAGAUCACUCUCAUCUUUUUUUCAGGCUUCAUUUUCACUACUGCUUUAAUAAGUAAUGUUCAUGACUGUGCUGAUCACUCUCAAUUUCAUUUAUUAAUCCGCAGUUCAAAUAUAUUAUAUUUAUAUAAUCACAGUCGUAUUUUCAUCUCUAAUUAGCCAGUACCAUACUGUUCAUUUAUUCCAGAUUCCAGUUUCAUUGCCAAUAGUUCUUUCUUGUGGAGAAUGGCUUUUGCGUUUCUUGCCAUGUUCACUACACGUUUUAAGUAUUAUUUUGCUUGGAUUAUCGGUAAGUCGACAGUUACUUUUCUUUGUUCAUGAAGGGUAAAAGGACUGCGUCUGCGCAUGAAUUAUGCAAGCCCUACUGCUGAAGUAUGGGCAAUGCAACUCCCUGUAAAUGAAAUACAAGUCCAUCGCUCUAACGUCAUGUCCGCGAUUUUAAUCCACAGCGGACGCAGUAAAUAACGCAUGCGGCUUAGGAUUCAAUGGUUAUGAUCCAAGCGGGCGAGAGCGUUGGAACAAAAUGACAAACGUUUAUCCAGUGGAUUUAGAGGUUUGUGAAUCUGAUUUGGGAAACUAAACAAAUUUAUCAACGAACAUAAAAUAUAAAAGGUUCCAGAUUGGGAGUUUUCAGUUGGUAAAAUUUCCUGACCUUUUCCACUGAGAAGGAGCUGAUUCAAAAGAAAUUGCUGUCAGCUUUCCUCUAAAGACAACCUGUGCUAAAUGAUACCAAAGAGAGGACUGGAAGAGAUAAAAGUUUCUUCCUAAGUAGACAACAAAAUGAGCCAAGUAGAGCUUGGACCCAGCUCCCUCAAGCAGGAUUCUAACGCGCUAAUCCUUAGUCCAUAACGCCAUAACGUAUGCAUUAUAAACAGGGAUGGCAGGUCUUGAAACAGUUUUGUUAUUUUGGUAUUUGAGGAGGGAAUUACACUGCAUGACCAUGUAAAACGAUGUAAGAGGCUCGUAUUUUUACACCACUCAGUCUAACCCAUCAGACGAUAUUUAGAGCUUUGACUAACCGUUGUUAGUUCUUCCAUGUGAACAAUAGUAUACAAUCUGCUCCUAGAUAUUUUACUGAGUCACAUCUCCUGAGUGAAAUACGAGUAAAAUACUCACGACAUCACUGAACCUUACAAAAAUACCACGUCGAGUCUUUCUCUAGAUUAAGUCGUAAGCCUUGUAUUGUUUGGUAUUCCUAGAUAUCCACGAACUUCAAAGACUUGUUGAACAACUGGAAUAUAACAACAAAUCUUUGGCUUAAAAGGUGAGCACUAAGAACAUUGUGACUUAAUCAACGAUGUGAAUUUACAACAUAAAAUUGUUAUAACCACUUUGUAUCCAGCUACAUCACCUUAGAACCCUCAAACUAAUUCUUUUAGCCUAAGGAUCUAACCCGAGAUUUUCCUUUCCAAAUGUUAUAAAAUUCCUCAUGAAUCAGUUAAGAGAAAUUAGUGUUAUAUCAAAUGGCAAUACUCUUGCACUGAUACAAAUUUCAAUUGCUGGAUAAUAAAUUGAUAUUAAUAAAUUGAAAUUCGAUGAAUAGAGGAACAGUUUUUCUAUCUCCCUACUCACCCCUACCCCCUUCAGAUCAAGCGGGAAAAUUAAAAAACAACUUUGUCUUUCGAAGUAAACGAAACUGAUAAGCGUUCUCUCUCGUGACUGUUUGUCCAUUCUUUCUCUUUGUAUCAGGAUUGUUUAUCAGCGAGUAUCUCACCAUAGAACGUACUUCACUUUAGCUGUAUCUGCCAUAUGGCAUGGAUUUUAUCCCGGUUAUCUUUUGGCAUUGUUAGUUUCUAUAUUACUCAUAGUAGCUGACAGAAAGGUAAGCUUCUAACUGUUGAAAUAACUGACGUUACUACGCUCCAGUCAUGCUCUGCAAUCAACAAAGAGAUCCCAUGUUGCCUUGCGUCUGUUUCGUCAUAGAUCACAGGUGACGUCAAAAUGUUGUAAGUACAAAGAAAUGGCAAACGAGACGCAGCCGAGUGUGACGUCUUCUGUGAUCUAUACCUGAACAGAUCCACGGCAAUGGAAUCUAUUUGUCUUAUUGAAAAGAAGAAAAAGCUAAAAAAAAUUGAAAUGGUGACGUCAUCUAUGCGUCUGUCCUCCAUAAAAAGGCCAAUAGGUCAUAGGUGAGAACCGAUCAAUAAUGCUUGGGUAAUCCAUGAUAUUAUAUAGACCUGUACGGCCUCUGACCAGAGCUUGGCCAAGUGACGGAGUGGUGAAAAUACAACAAGUAAAUGAAUAUUCUUAUUCCAGGUGCGACAUGCUUGUGACGACCUCCGCGGAAGGACAUCCCGUUGAUCAAUAGCUUGUUGCAAUUUCUUCAGUGGAUGGCUUGUAACCCUCUGUGUGCCUCCUAUUGUUUGGCAGCGUUUGUGCUGCUCAGAUUUGAUCUCUCAAUGAAUUUCUACAGGUAAGAUGACUCAUGCGUUGCUAUUGGUCGGUGAGUGAUUCACCCUCUAAUGGGAAACUUGUUCUGUCAGGACGCAUACAUCUAUCCAGGUCUGCCCCCUUUGUGCUCGUAGAAUGUUGAAAAGUUACUCACUCGAAUGCCAAAAAGUUGCUCUGAUAUUACCAAAAGUCCAAAAAAAGGUGACUAAAUUUCAAAACUUCCUACCUUAAUUUCUUGAUAUUUUUAAAUAGACGUUAAUCAAAGCUUUAUACGCUUUUUCUACGCUGCGAUUGCCAACAUCUUACCUUUAAAGAGUUGCUUGCAAAUAUGGGCGAAACUUAAGGAUACUCUUAAGUCUAACAGAACAAAACACUUAGUUCGUUUGUGUUGAUAAUUAUUCAAUAAAUUUGCAUGAAUUGAAGCUUUCUACGAAAUCGUUAACUUUUUCGUGCUUGAUAUGGAUUCCAAACCAAUAUUUUGCUCAAAAAUUAUCAGAAAGACAAAAAUUGCUCGAGGUUGCCAGAACCGCAAAAAGUUGCUCCAAACGCCAAAAGUUGCUCAAAAGUUGCCGAGUACAAUCAGGACAGGCCCACAUCCAUCUUUUUAACAUAAACCAACAGCUCAGAGCCAAUUUUUUCGAAGAAUGAUAACUAAGUUCGGGCUUAUCUGCCAUGAGCCGAAGUCAUUCAAAUCGAUAUACAGGACAACUUGACGCAGUGAUCCAAAAGUUACCGUGCUAGACCCUGAGUCAGGAGAGCUGAGUUUGAGUCCUAGCGAGGUCAUUGUGCAGUGCUCUUGGACAAGACACAAAGUCUCUCUCCUCCCAGUUAUAACUGAUCCAAAAUUUCUCGAGGCUCCUUGUCACAAGAUAUAGGAUUUAACCAUUAAGUACCGACUUGAACAAUCUAUAAUCACAACCACAAUUUCCUCAAAUGUGAUCGGUACAUCACCUGCUUUAAUUUCACUAAUCACCCUGUACAGUUGUAAUCGGAUACCUGUAAUCGAACACCUGUAAUCGGACACCUGUAAUCGGACAGUUAAAGCAGCCAAUCAUCUCAAGUUCACUCAGCUAAAUCCACCAAUCACAGAAUUGAUCACAAUAACAAUUGCAAUAACUAGGAAAUUUCCAAAUUUUUUUCUUUAGACAUUGUCCCUACUGGAGAUGUUUGUCGUAACUGUUUUUUUUCCGGAAAUUGUAAUGGUAAUGAUUGACUGGUAACAGGACUUCGCGUCGUCUAAUUCUGUCUGUAAUCAUACUCGUGAUUGACAAAUCGGACUCCCGCUUCGCGGUCGUCCGAUUUUGUUAAUCACUUAUAUGAUUACAGACCGAAUUGAACUCCACUCAGUCCUAUUACCAUUAUGUAACGCACAUGAUUUCUACUUCCUAGGUCGACGUAUUUCAUUGGUCACAUUCUGUUGAUUGCAACACUGAUCAUCUGCCCCAGUGGCAAACCAAGGCCUUCCCAUGAUGCUAGAGGCGCAAACGGUUCCGUGACGCCCAGUGGAUCCUUCAAAUUCGAACUGAACCACAAGGAUGAUUCUCUUCCAAGUUUGGCCAACAACAAUGCCUUACAUCGAAAAUUAAAGUGAAAAAACAAUUUAGUGUCUACAAUCAAUUAUUUAAGCUCCGUCGCAGUGUAAAUUGAUAUAAGGUUGACGAACCAGGGAAUUUUUUUGAAAAAUUGUUCUAAACGCUUUCAGUCUCUGGAUCUGGGAGUCAAUUCUCCUAACAGAUGUUUAUAAAUUUCGGUGUCGGUCGAUCCUAAGAAUUUGGAGUUCUCUCCCACAACUGUUCCCUAGGUGAUAUGUUGGUCUCGUACCCAGACCUUCCGUGGUCAAGCGGGUGCAGUCACACGAUAGGAUUUGGGUACGAGAUGAGUUAUACGUGUCUCAAUGAGGGGUCAUUAUUUAUCACGGAGGGGGGGGCCGGGGGGGGAGGGGCAGAGGAUUCUGGUAGUGUCACAGUCAACUAACACGAUCACCCCCUCCUAAGGCUCUGUAGCAUUUU